AUGCAAAGCAACGGCAUAGGGGAUCGCCAUCUCUUGUCAGGGGGCGCGCCGGUUCUUGCCGACGGCUCGGCUGCAGCCGCCGCGGCGGUCGGGCCGCCAGCAACAGACCUAACGGCUCGGAUCAAGAACAACAUCGAGGACGGCGGUGCAACGGUGGUGGUGGCGAAGGCGAGGGCGAGGGCUGAAGCUGCGGUCAGGGCGGCUCGGUUGGUCUGGACCGCCGUACUUAUCUCCGCCGACUACAAGGCUUUCGAUGUUUCCAAGGCGUUCCAGAGAGCUACUAGCUUCGGCGAGGAGAACACGGCCAUGGGAGAGUACGAGGCAUUGGCGGACGAAAUGUGGCAAGCUCAGGAGCAGCAGAGGAGGUGCGGCAUCGAAGCGGAAACGCUGCCGGACCCGCAGCAGCGAGCGUUGGCCCGCGCGCGCAGCAAGGAGUGGCACUCCAAGGUGACCGUGGCGGCGAAGAAGAUCGCCGAUGCGGAGGCGGCGGGGCUCCGCGCCCCCAUGUCUGACCUGCACCGGCGGUCGGCGGAGCGCCUCCGCGACCUGUGCAGCGUCAACGGAGGCGUUUACGUGAAGCUGGGGCAGCACCUGAGCCAGCUCGACUUCGUCCUGCCGCCCGAGUUCAUAGAUGUUUUGAGGUGUAUGUUAGACCAGGCGCCUCAAACCCCCAUUGAAGACGUGCGAGAGGUUAUCCGAGAGGAGCUGGGCGAGUACCCCGAGACUCUCUGGCGGACCUUUGACCCGAAGGCGAUAGCGUCGGCAUCGCUGGCGCAGGUCCACCGCGCAGAGGGCUGGAACGGAGAGCAGUUAGCUGUGAAGGUUCAGCACCGAGGCCUCCGGGAGACGUCGAAGGGCGACGUGGACGCCGUGUGCCUGGUGGUCGCGGCCGUGGACAGGCUGUUCCCCAAGUUCUCGUACAAGUGGCUCGCCGACGAGGUGGAGAGGAACCUUCCCCGAGAACUCGACUUCCUUCACGAGGCCAGCAACAGCCGCAGGUGCGCGGCGAUGUUUGAAGGGCGGAGUGACAUCUGCGUGCCCCCCGUCGUGCGCGAGCAGACCGCUGAGAGGGUGCUCACCAUGAAGUUCGAGCCGGGGUUGCGAGCGACGGACGUGGAAGGCAUGCGCGCGAUGGGGGUCAGCCUUCCGAGGGUGGCAUCCCUCAUCAGCGAGGCCUUCUGCGAGCAGAUGUUUCGCCACGGUUCAGUCCACUGCGACCCUCACGGCGCGAACGUUCUGGUGAGACCGCACCCGGAGGCAAGGAGGGGGUCGGGGCGCCCGCAGCUGGUGCUGCUCGAUCACGGGCUGUACAGGGAGCUGACGGAGAAGUUCAGGGUGGACCACUGCAGGCUGUGGAAGGCGAUGGUGUUCAAGGAUAUUCCAGGGGUGAAGAAAUACUGCCAGCGGCUCAACUCCGGCGACAUGUACCACCUGCUGGCGGCUAUCUUGUGCGGCAGGUCGUGGGACGCAAUCGAGGACACGACAUCUGGGAUGGACGGCCUCCACACGAAAGACAUCGAGACGGAGAAGGGCAUGGUGCGCGGCUACGUGCAGCAGUACGCGCCCGAGAUAGCCAUGCUCCUCUCCAAGGUCGACCGGCAGAUGCUCCUGCUUUUCAAGACCAACGACUGCCUCAGGCACAUUGACAGGACCCUGGGCGCGCCCAUCAACACGUUCGUCAUCGCCGCCAAGACAUGCAUCUCCGUACUAAGGGAAGAGGACGCCAAGGGGGCGCUGGCUCGGCUAGGAGCGAGCGAGCGCAAUUUUGUCGUCCGAGGACUCCUGCGUCUGCUCUACUUUGUUCGGGGGGUUCCGGAAGCACUCAAGGUGAACGCACAGCUACUAGCGAUGGAGGUCCAGGAGAGGCUGCUGGAGAGGCGCCUACAGCAACAACGCCGAUAG